AUGCUAGCAAAGGCGCUCAUACGAGAUGGAAACAUCGCAAGGGCACGGCGCAUUCUGGGGGUGGCCGUAGGCCGGACCCCGCGUCGGUCUCUAUUUAACGCAUAUAUCAACAUUGAGCUCAAGAUGAAGGAAUUUGAUAGGGCACGGAAGCUAUAUGAACGUUGGGUCCUGUGGCGCCCAGAUGCGCAUGAGGCGUGGCUCAGCUGGGCCUCAUUAGAGGAGGCUCUUGGGGACACCAAACGGGCCAAGUCGCUUCUACAAAUCGCUAUUGACGCUGCACAACACGCAACACCGUCAUCCUCGAUUGAGUUGAUCCGGGCGGCACUUAAGUUUUCCGAAACGGCGCCUAAAGAGCAGAUUGGACUGCUUGGGCGUUGGAUUUCGUUGGCACCAUAUGAUGCUGAACCCUGGCUUGCACUAUGUAUGUUGGAGCCCGGCACUUGGGAACGCGCGCUCGCCCACUUUGAGGCGGAGGAAGCCACCCCAACAUAUGAAGCGCUGGCCCAAAUUAUUGACGCAUACAUUGCUCACGAGGCUGCCCAAAACCGGCCUAUCGAAUGGCUGCAUCACAAACGGCCAGUGUUUGACAGCGAGUCAGGCGAAUGGAAAAAGGCAUCUGACGAAGAAGGUCGAUUGGCGCAGUCUUCCACAGACGCACAUGCCCAUGAAGAAAACACGGCUGCCAUGCGGCUAUUGGAAAUGGCCAGAAAAUGGCGACAGGGUGAAAUCGUACCCAAUACACAGGCAGAGCCUGGGGAGCAGUCUGAUCAGGAUGCUUCUGAAAACGAAGAUGCAGACGAGUCUCUGGACUAUUAA